AUGUCUCCGUGGAUUAGCUAUUACAUUUCUAGACAACCUUUCACCUCGAAACAUAACCCACUGUUGCAAAUCUUUCAUUUCGGACGCAGCUCUCUAAACCAGCAACAAACAUCGUGUUUAUCGUCGGUUAUUCUCUAUUUAAAGAGAAUGGAACUGAGCGAAGACGAGAACACCGCCACUGAGCGAAACAUUGCCGAAAUUCUGCGAGAUUGGGACGACGAAGAAGAUGAUUUAGUGGAAUUCAUUCAAACCGCCCCGUCAGAAAAGGGCCAACGUAGAAAUGCAGGAAACGGGUCGUCAUUCAGAGAUGUUCUUAUCCACGAAGACGGCCACACGAGUGUUCAUCGACCAAGAGAAAAAUCAACCUUAAUGGGGUCUGCUGCCUACGUGAAAUACAGCCGUCGGCUAAAAACAGCUGCUCUCUUCCUUGCUUUCUUCGCCGUGGGUAUGGGGCUUGCCCUAUAUGGACCCACCCUUCUAGACCUCAAGCUUUACACAAGCUCCACCUUAACACACAUGUCAGCUGUGUUUGCCACCCGGGCCCUGGGAUACCUCCUAGGCGGCCUAAGUGGGAACUGGCUCUUUGAUCGGUACGAUCUGCACCUGGUGAUGGGUGCAUCAGCAUUGAGUGGGGCUCUAGGUGUGGUCAUCUUUCCUAUCGUGGACUCCGCGACUGCACUGGCAAUCAUGGGGUUUGUUGUUGCUGUUGCACUUGGAGCUCUGUAUGAAGGAGGAAAAGAGCUUGUGUAUCUUUUGUGGCCGAACAAGACAACGCAGUACACGCAAUACCUUCACUUCAUAUUCGCCCUUGGUGCAUUCUUCGCUCCUGUGUUGGCCAAACCCCUCUUACUGCCAGACCCCUCACACACUUCGAUUUCUAUCAACGUCACAGCGAUCCCAAAUACUUCCGGCAACGGGAUCUUAGCCGUGCUUGGGGGCGAAACCCUUGUGCCUAGCUACUCGCCAGCCUGGUUUAUAUCGGGUGACGUAAACGUGGACGUGGAUGGUAUUGUACCCAUCACCUGGGUGUAUUGGGUCAAUGCUGUGCUCCUUGGUAUUUCAGGCUCUGUGUUUCUCAUCUUUGCGUUUAUGAAAACAUGUAAAGAGCCGUAUGUCAAGAGACCUGAGCGCCUGUUGGUCGCGAGCGUGCAGCACGGUCGCAUCUACGAAGUCGUAAUACUUACUCUGUUUUUAAUUCUCUUACUUGUUUAUGUCGGCCUGUGUACUGUCUUUAGCGGUUUCGUGUUCACCUUCGCCGUCUAUACCCACAUGACGCGAGCAGCUGCUGCCAUGGUAACGGCUGGAUAUUGGGGGAGCUUUGCGGCCAUGCGGUUACUCUACAUCCCUGUAUUAACCUACGUCAAACCUCCCCGGAUGUUGCUAUGCGAUUUUAUUGGCUGCGCCUUGGCGGGAACAAUUUUGGUUUCGCAGUCUAGCGAAGGCUGUGACCACUCAUCGAGUCCGAAGAUUUGGGCGGGUACAAUUAUUCUGGGGUUGUCCACUGCUUCAAUAUUCCCGGCCACAAUGGCCUGGGUCGAGUUCUUCUUGGACAUAUCACAAGGACGAGCCGCUACCAUCUUACUGCUUGGCGCUUGCGCGGGAGAGAUGUUGUUACCGCUGACUGUUGGCAGUGCGAUAAGAAGUGUGGGACCGUGCACGCUUAUGUAUAGUGUGAUCGUUGUAAGUUUUCUUGGAAUUUUGAACUUUUUAGCGAUCCUGAUGUUCGCGCGGCACUACCGAUCGUUGGGUUUCCCUGGGGUCGAGUUUCAUCGGAAUCGAGAGGAGCCCCCAUGUCCACCCCCCACAGGUCAAGGUGACGAGGUUCUCAAGCUCCUGGAGCAGAAUAACGAGAUCUUCUCUAAUGGCGACUACCACGAUGAGCUACGUGAUGCUACUUAAAGGACAAUCUGGAUGGAGUAUAGACCUUCAAAUUGUUUUGCCUACGACAUAAGCCCUUAAGGUACACGUUGAUACUUGAUGGUACAAUGGCAUUACUAAAAACUACUACGCGCGUGCCAGGAGAAAUGGAGACGAAUAAGCUCAGCUUCGUGUUUUCUUUUCCCCUUCACCACCCGGGCACUCCUUCAACGCUGUUUCUUAAAUACAUUUGUGUAAAAACGUUGUAGGACUAUGCAAGAAGGGGUUGGCCUAGAAAUGAUUGGCCUUGAACUUGAUAUUUCCAUUUUACUUGAAAAAAAAAAAAACAUUCGGGAUGAUUAGUAAGGCUAAGUUCAAACAUCGUAUUGUAUAAUCCAAACAACAUGCACAGCAAUGUUUGUAAAGCUUUCUUAUAAGAUUCAUUGAGUGUAUAAGAUGCGUUUAAUGUUUGGUUUACAGCAUUAGUAUAAUAAAAAGGCUGGUUGCCUAAAA